ACUUUUGUUUGAAUUCCCACAGAAAAACGGCCUAACAGACAUGCUGCACCCAUGCAAAUUAGUGUUUUAGGUUAUGAUCAACGUUAUGUUUUUGAAGUACAUGUGAUUUUGUUGUUAUUAAUAAAGUGAAAUAAGUCAGCAGCGAUGUCCAAACGCAGUAACAAAGGAACAAAGUCAGCUUUGGAAAAUAUAAAAAAAGAAGAUGUAGUUCAAGCUGUGGUUGUUAUUGAUUCCUUUAAUAAUGUGUUUGAUCCAAUAACUUAUUUGAAACCAACAGUGCUGUUUCCAAUGGUGAACACUCCAUUGCUGGACUACACGCUCGAGAUGUUGGCCCUCUCCAGAGUGCAGGAAGCCAUACUCUUCUGCAGUUCUCACACGGAUGCAGUCAAGAGUCACGUCAAGAAGAGUAAGUGGGCUCAUCGCUUGAGUCCUAUGGCAGUGAAAAUAAUAGUGUCGGAAAGCUGCCGAUCGUUUGGAGAUGCCAUGAGAGACUUGGAUGCCAAGGGCGUCAUCAACAGUGACUUUAUUCUGCUGUGUGGGGACACUGUCGGGAAUUUGAACCUGUUGCCUAUCCUCCAGCACCACAAGGCAGUGCAGAAGAAGGACAAGGGAGCGGUGAUGACGCUCGUCUACAAGCGAGCGGCCCCGGGCAACGCCGCUCGGGUCCCGGAGAGCGAGGCGCUCCUGGUGACCAGGUCGGACACCAACAGGAUCCUCUUCCACCAGAGACUGCAGCCGGGCACUAAGAAGCUGACCUUCCCUCUGGAACUGUUCGCGGAGAACCCGGACGUGGAGGUGCGCUACGACCUGCUGGACACGCACAUCGCGGUCUGCUCCGCGGCCGUGCCGCCCCUCUUCGCGGACAACUUCGACUUCCAGAGCCGGGACGACCUGGUGCGGGACCUGCUGGUCAACGAGGAGAUCCUCACCAGCACCAUGUACUGCCACGAGCUGGGCGGCGCCGAAUACGCCGCCCGCGUCGCCAGCUGGCCCGCCUACCAGGCCGUCAGCCAUGACGUCCUGCACCGCUGGACGUAUCCACUGGUCCCGGACAUGGUGUUCUCAGACCUGGACGAGCCAUGCAUGUUCCUGCGCAACCACGUGUACAAGCAUGCCUCCAACACCGUUGCCAAAGGCUGUCUCCUGGAAGAGGAUGUAGCCCUGGCUAGUGGCACCAGCAUUGGUGAAAAAUCAUGCAUAUCACGUUCUGUUAUUGGUAAAAAUUGCAGAAUUGGCAAAAAUGUGGAGAUAACAGAUUCAUUCAUCUGGGAUAGUGUUGUUAUUGAGGACGGGUGCUCGGUGAAGGUGUCUGUGGUGUGCGAGGGCUGUGUUCUGCGCGAGGGCGCGCAGCUGAGCGCCGGCUGUGUCCUCGCUCCGGGCGUGCUGCUGGACCCCGGCGCACGGCUGGAAGGGGCGUGUGUCGUGGCGUCGCCCGCCACCACAGACCGCGACUUCCGGGACGAGCACGAGCUGGAGCGGCUAGGCGAGCAGUCGUUCGUGGUGCGUGCGGUUAGCCAUGUGUCUGACUCGGAGGAUGAAGUGGCAGACGCACUUCAGCGAGGACUCAGGCUGUCGCUCAGCGAGGAGAACAGCUUCGACAGCGAGAGUGAGUCCAGCUCCAGCGAGAUGUCCUAUCGAACAUCGCCUGUGCCUGACGACACUAAUCUGUUCUUCAGCGAGGUGCUGGACUCCCUGUCGCGGGGCUACGAGGACCGGCUCCAGUGCGACAACCUGGUGCUGGAGGUGAACUCGUCGCGCUACGCCUACAACGUGACCGUGCAGGAGGUGAACUACCACGUGGUGAAGGCCGUGCUCAGCAUGCCUCCGCCGGAGAGCUACCUCCCGGGGCUGAGGCAGCGCCUCCAGUACUUCGCCCCGCUGCUGGCCAACUACGUGCGCAACGAACAGGCCCAGCUCGACUGCCUGCAGGCCAUCGAGGAUACUGCAAGCUCAAAUGAAAUGCUGAAGGAAAAUCUUGUGAAGCUUUUGAAGUUACUAUAUGAUAAGGAUAUUUUGGGAGAAGAUAUGAUUGUGAAGUGGUACAAGACACCUAAUGAAGAUAGCCCAUCUGCCCUAGAUUUACGGAAAAAGGUCUCUUCAUUCAUUCAGUGGCUGCAGGAAGCAGAAGAAGAAAGUGACUAACUUAAGUAAAAAUAAGUGUUAAUUUUUCUUCUAUACAGACAUUGCUAUGUUUUGAUAAAGUGAUUUUAUUGUAAAUGCCAAGCUGUUGAAUAAAUAGUGCUAAAGUGAA